AUACGUCACAUAGUUAAAUCUCUUAUUCUCACCGUUUUGUAGUUUCCUUUACGUACUCUUGUAGUUCAUCCGCAUAAAAAUAUACUUUUGUGGGUCAAUAUCAUUUUUGAAAAUAUAUAGUCAAAACUAUUAUGUCAAAAUAAUAAAAAUAUACGGAGUAGUCCAAAGUAGUAGGCUGUACAAUUAUUACGAAGUAUGUAAAUAUAAAUCUUAUCGAUCUUAAAUGAUUCGUUCAAAGAAAAGAGAGAGAGAAAAAGAGAGAGAAUGGGAACAUAUUUCCAAACACCAGUAGUUCCAGAAAACAACAACAACAACAACAACAACAACAACAACAACGUUGUUAACCAAAACCAAGAAUCGUCUUCUUCACAAGAGAGUAAAGAUGAGCUUGAUGCUGGUGCUCUUUUCGUUCUUCAAUCUAAAGAAAAGAGAGAGAGAAAAAGAGAGAGAAUGGGAACAUAUUUCCAAACACCAGUAGUUCCAGAAAACGAAAACAACAACAACAACAACAACAACAACAACGUUGUUAACCAAAACCAAGAAUCGUCUUCUUCACAAGAGAGUAAAGAUGAGCUUGAUGCUGGUGCUCUUUUCGUUCUUCAAUCUAAAGGUUCAUGGGUGCACUGUGGAUACCACUUGACAACGUCAAUAGUAGCACCAGCACUGCUGAGUUUACCAUACGCGUUUAAGUAUCUUGGAUGGGCAGGAGGAAUGAUAUGUCUAAUUGCAGGAGCAUUGGUCACUUUUUACGAGUAUAAUUUGCUUUCUUUGGUACUUGAACAUCAUGCCCAAUUGGGUCGCCGCCAUCUUCGUUUUCGAGAUAUGGCACAUGACAUUUUAGGACCAAGAUGGGGAAAGUAUGUAGUGGGCCCAGUUCAAUUUGCAGUUUGCUAUGGUGCAGUUGUUGGAGCUUGUCUUUUGGGUGGCCAGUGCAUUAAGGCAAUAUACUUGGUGUUGAAUCCAAAUGGAUCGAUAAAGCUGUAUGAAUUCAUAAUCAUAUUCGGAUGCCUGAUGUUGAUCCUAGCUCAAAUGCCUUCGUUUCACUCUCUCCGACAUAUUAGCUUGAUUUCUUUGCUUCUAUGCCUCGCUUAUAGCGCUGCUGCCACUACCGGCUCCAUCUAUAUAGGGCAUACGUCAAAGGGGCCAGAGAAAGACUACUCACUACCCACCAACUCACAGGAUCGAGUAUUUGGUUUGUUCAAUGGAAUAGCCAUCAUUGCAACAACUUUCGGCAAUGGAAUUAUCCCUGAAAUUCAAGCAACACUCGCGCCACCGGUGAAAGGGAAGAUGUUCAAGGGACUAUCUGUUUGCUACAGUGUAGUUUGUGUAACAUUCUUCAGCGUUGCGGUAUCGGGUUACUGGGCAUUUGGAAACCAAGCUGAAGGCCAGAUAUUAAGCAACUUCGUCGUAAAUGGAAAUCCUUUGCUUCCUAAAUGGUUCAUUUUUAUGACCAAUGCCUUUGUCAUCCUUCAAAUUGCCGCUGUUGGUGUGAUAUACUUGCAACCUACAAAUGAAGUGUUAGAGGGAGUAUUUUCAGAUCCAAAGAGCAAGCAAUUCUCUCCCCGAAAUGUGAUCCCAAGGGUGAUAUCGCGGUCUAUCUCAGUGGCCAUAGCAACAACAAUAUCAGCAAUGCUUCCAUUUUUUGGAGAUAUAAAUGGAGUAAUUGGUGCAUUUGGUUUCCUUCCACUUGACUUUGUUUUACCUGUAAUAUUAUUCAACCUUACGUUCAAGCCUUCGAAACGUAGCUUUAUAUUCUGGUUCAAUCUUAGUAUUGCAGUUGUUUUCUCCAUAUUAGGAAUCAUUGGAUCUGUAGCUGCUGUUAGGCAAAUCGUUAUCGAUGCCAAAUCUUACACAUUAUUUGCUAAUGUAUGAAAAUUUCACCAAAUACCUUAUUUUUCGGGCUUUUUUUUGUAAUUUGAAUAGGGGAUGCAUGUUAUUCCGAAGAUAGAAUGCACAAGAUGAAAAUUGUUUAUACAAAUCAUUUUUGGAGAGAUAUUCUAUUUGUAUAAUAUUAAUUAUUGACUAGUAAAA